UUUUUUCCCCAUGUGUUUUUGAGCUGUGAUUGGUUCAGUUUUGAGUGUUUCAUAGUGUAGUUCUUAAAAAAUUAGGUCUGUUUGUGCAUUCUCACCUUUGGCAAUAAUAGGAAAAUGGAGAAAUUGAUCAGUGUUUGUGGCGGAGCCCUAAUUUUGGAGUUCAUCUCGGCUUUUCUCUUCUUUUGAUCAUAUAAUGUUGCUAUUACAUGUGUAUGGAGUGACAUUUUCUGCUAGAAACUCAGCCUAUUUUGCAAUUUGCGUUCAUCAUGGUCAGUUUCCAUGGGUUUUGUAUAUGCUGAUUUUCUAUUUAUUUUGUUUGGCAAGUUAUAGUUUAAUGAUCCUUCAAGGCUCAUCCUUUCUUCGGGCUUGCUGGUUAUAGUGCAACUCGUUUUUGUCCUAGCAGCAAGGAGCUUAGACAUUGUUGACUGAGAUGCCGAGAUCAAGCCCUCUUAUCAACAUUAGUGUAACUGAAUUUCCUCCAAAAAAAAACCCUUGGGUUUCUGGGCCGCAUAUGGUGGAAUCAGUCACUAUAAAAAGUUUACGCAACGCAGUUUUAUGUGUGUGAAUUGGUCAAGCGGUAGAGAGGUUAAUGCCUUAUGCAAAAGGUGAUCUCAAAUCAGUUAUUGCUCAAGAAGUUGGACUGGAGCCAGAGACCUUAAAACUCUUGUUCAGAGGUAAAGAGAAGGAAGAUGAUGAUCGUCUCCACGAAGCUGGUGUGAAGGAUGGUUCCAAAGUUUUGGCUGUGGAGGCCACGAUUUCAGUGCAGAAAAGCCCCGAAAAAGUGGAACCAGUUGUGGUCUCUCGAGGAGAUGCAGCUGUUGCUGAAGUCAGGGAAGAGGUUGACAAGCUCGCUGAUCAGGUAGCCGCUUUACAAGCUGUUGUUGAUGGUGGAACGAAGGUUGAUGACAAGGAUUUUCUUUAUUUGACUGAGAUGCUAAUGAGGCAGUUGCUCAUAUUGGAUGGCAUUGAAGCUGAAGGGGAGGGAAGAGUCAAGAGAAAGAUGGAGGUACGUCGGGUGCAGAGCCUUGUCGAAACAGUGGAUACACUCAAGUCAAGAAACGCUAAUCACGACAUCAACAAUAGUAGUACUCCUGCAUCUGUACCAACUCAAUGUGAGACUUUUGAGCCUGGAACUGAAAAUGCAAGCCCCGAGUCCAGUGAACCAUCUUCAAACGGCAUUAUUCCAUCGGACCCUCUGCAUGCACCUGCCCCUGAAUCUGCCUGUGCCUCAGUGAUGUCUUCUACUAGUAUACCAGUUCCGGUUUCCUUUCCUGACUCUACCCCUGUGCCGUUUUCUUCACCUUCCCAUUUGCCAUCUCCGACUAAGGAGUGGUUAAAGUCCACUGCAGUUCACUAAAAUCUUGAAGGCUUUGAUCGAAGGAUGGAGACCUUUGAUAGAUAAUCGAAGCUGCGUGAAUUAGAAUGCUUGCAGUCAAUCCUCCGACCACGAAGUUGCCCUGCUCGGAUUCGAAUUCGAACAUGUGGCAAGCAUAUUUCCAGCCUUCCCAUUCCUUCUCCAAGCACUUGUGGCGCCCUUCUUCCUACAACAAUCUCAGAAAUCUGUAAAUUUCGGAUUUUGAUUUUCUGUUACUAGUAUUAUUUAAGUAUAUUUUGUGUUACCUAUUAUAUUUAAUUCAGUUCUUACUCUCAUAUUGCACAAUAGUAUUGAAAAAGUGUGACCUCAAA